ACUCCUCCACAAAAAAAAAUUCCAACAAAAGGAAAGAAGAAGCCAAUAAUUCAAACAUCGGCUUGAUAGUUCUUGUUUCUCCGGUGCUGUUCUAAAGGACAAAAACAAAAGGGAAACAGCAUGGAAAACCCUCAAAAGGCAAGGGAAGAUGAAGAAAAAGAAGGAUCGGUUCGCUACCGAGGAGUGAGGCGACGGCCGUGGGGGAAGUUUGCAGCUGAAAUUCGAGAUCCGUCGAGGCACGGAGCUCGUGUGUGGCUUGGGACGUUCGAUUCCGCCGAAGAAGCUGCUAGGGCUUACGACCGCGCCGCGAUACGGUUGAGGGGUAAUCAAGCUAUUAUUAACUUUCCCAGUGAGGAGUACUCUCAAGGUGCAGAAUCUGCACGUCCUCCUGAAGAAUCAUUGCCCUCGUCCGUGGAUCACGGGGAGAGUUCUCAUCACAAGAGAAGUAGCUCUAGUGAGAAAGUGAAAGAAGUUUUCGAGUUCGAGUGUUUGGAUGAUAAGGUUCUGGAGGAUCUCCUCGAACAAGAAGAGAGGAAAAGCAAGUGA